CGAACCUCAUCGACAACGAAGUGAGUCUGGUUGAGCCACGGCCGCAGAGAGUGGCACCGCCAUACAGCUUUAAGGAAUGUUUCAUCAAAUACGAGGACAUAAGAUUGGAAGGGGAACUGGGGAGAGGCAACUUUGGUGUUGUCUACGCCGGUUUCAUACGCAGUAUGCGGGUGGCGGUAAAGAAGAGUCUUACGGAAACAAACGACGAAGCCUUUCGUGAGGAGGCGAGGGUGAUGCAUGCCCUAUCCCAUCAACGCAUUGUUCGCUUCCUCGGCUUCUGUUGUGACGCGCCCGACGGACAUGUCCUCAUCGUCACCGAGUUCAUGGCGAACGGUGCUCUUCGAGACUAC